UUUCCUUUCAGUUUGACUGCUCUAAUUCUUUCUGAUAAACUCUCAUUUCACUCCUUCUCUCUGACAGCUGCAGCCUGGAGGUCACACCAUGGAAGCGUUGCAGCCGGAGGUUUGCAGCAGAGUCGUUGAGAAACUCUGCCUGUCGUCCUCGGUGCUGAUGGGAGGCUGUGUGGGCAUUUCUCCCUGUCAACACACACCCAGGUACAUCAGCUGGUGUGUGGACCCUGCAGAGAAACACACACCUGAAGCUACACCUCUGAUACAAGCAGGAGACUGCUCACAAAAUCACCCCCAGGAAACUGGUUUUGGAUCAGUUCCACUUCUCCUUCUGUCACCACCAGAAACAGCCUCUAACCAUCAACGUUUACAGCCGAACACAGACCCAACAGCCCAUAAUACUAAUGCCGAUGGUGGUGAGGAAGGGAGGAAGUCUCUCAUGGAUCCUGGAGAUGAAAGCUUCCUUCUUCCCAGGAGCAGCCCCGUCCUCUCCAGGCAAUUCAGGCCCGUCUCCUGGGAUGGACCUCAAACCUCUUCCCCUCCCAGCAUGGACUCCUCCUCUGCGGCUGCUGGAUCUCAGUGGGGGGGCAUUGUGGAGGAUCUGGGAUCCAGUCAACCCACCUCCACCCUUCAAGAGGACAGGAAGUCCACCUGCGCCGUUGGAGAGCAAGGAUUGGCUGAGGAGCAUAGGGGGCGGGGCCAAAUCAGCCACGAUGCCCCUGCUUCGUCAGGCCUCUCCACCUCAACCCUUAGCAAAGAGAGCAGGAGCAGUGAUAUCCCAGAAUUCUCAGCAGAAAUCUUCAAGAGCUGUUGUGAUCUGGACAAGGAGAACGCUCACUUCGUGGUGGUGGACAUGAUGCUGGAGGUGCUGGAGGGAGUGAAGUGGAGCCUGGACACACACCGACACACACACUGCAACACAUGUAACACACACACAUGUUAUAGAAAGACACACUCACACACACAGGAUGAGGAAGACGAGGAAGCAGGAAGUGAGGAAGCUCAACAUCCGCCCAAAACGUUCUCCGUCCUCUCAACGGACAGCGGCUUCGAAGAUGGUGGAGUCGACACCCCGCAGACAGACUCCCUCAGAAAUGCGGAGAGGCUGGCGGAGCAGCUGGUGCUGGAGUUCAGGCGACGCUGGUUUCCUUCUCAUGAGCCUCGGCGUGGACAGCUGAGCCUCCGGAGCUCCCUGCAGGAGCUGCCAGGAACUGGUGCUCUGGCGGUGAGCAGCAGCAGGUUGGCGGAGGAGAUCAGACUGAGGACCAGGAUGAGAGGAUCCCUGAGCUGGGCCCCCCCUCGCUUCCAGAUGAUCUUCACUGUUCAGCCAACACUCAGACGCAGUGAAGUCGUGGCUCUGCAGCACUUCCUGUGUGCCGGCUGUGGGACCGAGCUGGAGCGCAGAUAUAUCAAGAAGCUGCGCUAUUGUGAAUAUCUUGGCAGAUAUUUCUGUGACUGCUGUCAUGGCGGCUCGGAGGCGGUGAUUCCUGGAAGAAUUCUGUCCUGCUGGGACUUCACCAGAUACCCUGUGAGUGAUUUCUCCAAACAGCUACUGGACUCGGUGUGGGAUCAGCCGCUGUUCAACCUCACCUGCGUGGGUAAGGGUCUGUACAGCAGGGUGAAGGAGCUGGAGAAAUUCAGGGAGGUGCAGGAUCAGCUGGUGGACAUCAGGAAGCUGCUGAGCGCCUGCAGGUUUUCUGCACUGGAGAAGUUUGAUGAGCUUCCUGCUCCCCUGAUGCAGCGACCCCCCCUCUUCUCCAUGGAGGACCUAAAGCGAGUGAGGAAGGGUCAGCUGCUGCCUCUCGCCAAAACGCUGCUGCACACCGCCGUACAACACGUGGAGAGCUGUGAGUUGUGUCUGGCUCGGGGUUUUAUUUGUGAGUUCUGCAGAGAGAGGGACGUCAUCUUUCCUUUCCAGAGAGACAAAUGCCGGCGCUGUGCAGCGUGCAGGGCGUGCUUCCACAAACACUGCUUUGUGGAGAAGAAGUGUCCGAAGUGCGAACGCAUCAAGUCACGGAGAAGACGUCCCGAUGGAUCCACGCAGUGACGUCUGAAUUUAUGACUCAGCAGUAGCUUCAUCACAGAUGCUUUCCCAUCAAGAUGAUUAUUUUAAUAGAGCCGCCAACAAAACUAUCUAAUGUUUCCUGUGGAAAUAAACCGUUACAUGUGAUUCUUCACCUAAAAUAAACGUUUCAAAUCAUA